AUGGAUCCCAAACACCAGCACAUGGCGUUAAAUGAUGGUCACUUUAUUCCUGUACUGGGCUUUGGCACCUAUGCAGCUGAAGAGGUUCCUAAGAGUGAGGCUGGGGUGGCCACCAAAAUAGCUAUAGAUGCUGGGUUCCGCCAUAUCGAUGCUGCUUACGCGUAUCAAAAUGAAGAAGAAGUAGGUCAGGCCAUCCGCAGCAAGAUUGCUGAUGGUACUGUGAAGAGAGAAGACAUAUUCUUAACUUCCAAGCUUUGGUGUACUUUCCAUCGACCAGAGCUGGUCCAGUCAGGCUUGGAAUGGUCACUCAAAAAACUUCAAAUGGACUAUGUUGAUCUCUAUAUUAUUCAUUUCCCACUGUCUCUGAAGCCUGGUGAGGACUUAAUUCCAACAGAUGAGAAUGGAAAAGUGAUAUUUGACACAGUGGAUCUCUGUGCCAUUUGGGAGGCCAUGGAAAAGUGCAAGGAUGCGGGACUGGCCAAGUCCAUCGGGGUAUCCAACUUCAACCGCAGGCAGGUGGAGAUGAUUCUGAACAAGCCAGGACUCAAGUACAAGCCUGUGUGCAACCAGGUAGAAUGUCAUCCUUAUCUCAACCAGAGAAAAUUACUGGAUUUCUGCAAGUCCAAAGAAAUAGUUCUGGUCGCUUAUGGUGCUCUGGGGUCCAAUCGAAAUCCAAAAUGGGUGGAUCAGAAUUCUCCAAUUCUCCUGAAUGAUCCGAUGAUUUGUUCUAUGGCAAAAAAGUACCAGCGAACUCCAGCCCAGAUUGUCCUUCGCUACCAGCUGCAGCGUGGGGUUGUGGUCUUGGCCAAGAGCUUCAGUGAGAAGCGGAUCAAACAGAAUGCUCAGGUAUUUGAUUUUCAAUUGUCGUCGGAUGACAUGAACGUGUUAGAAGGCCUGAACAGGAAUCUCCGAUAUUUUUCAGCUGAAUUUCUUCUCGAGCAUCCAAAUUACCCAUUUGCUGAUGAAUAUUAACAUGGGAGACUUUUAUGACUUCUUCCUGAAGAGCUUGCAAAUGGAUCAUAAUGUAGGAGACAUCUCAGAUACUGGUGACCACGCACCUCACUUCUGGUUGAUCUUUGCCACCUAGCGGUUCUGAGCUAUAGCCGUAUCCACAGCGCAUAUAACCACCAUGACAGUAGAUUCUUAUCACUGUGAGAAAAAUGAAAGUGGUAAUUUGUUAAAGAUUCUUACUUGAUGCUGUUUGUAUUACAGACCUGCUUUGUUGCAUUCAGAAUGGUCAGUCCCUAACACUGAUUUGCAUAGAAGCUUGCAGAACUUUGGUGACAGACGACAGCAGCUGGUCCAUGAAUGCACCAGGAGAGGGGUGGGAACCAUGAGCUUGUAAGGCGCUUUGUGACGAGUUUUCAGUCUUUGUUUUUCCAGUGCAUCCAGGAAGCUGAAGUCUCACAACACAGAGUUCAAAACGUGAGGCACU